AUGGGUCGUAUGCACGCUCCUGGUAAAGGUAUUGCAAGCUCUGCCUUGCCAUAUCGUCGUACUCCUCCUUCAUGGUUAAAAACUACACCGGAAGAUGUUUGCGAACAAAUUUGUAAGUACGCAAAAAAAGGCAUGAGUCCAUCACAAAUUGGUGUAUAUCUUAGAGAUGCACACGGAAUUGCACAAGUAAAGAAUGUUACGGGAAAUAAAAUUUUGCGAAUUUUAAAAUCUAAUGGUUUGGCACCCGAGAUUCCCGAAGAUUUAUAUCAUUUAAUUAAGAAAGCUGUUGCUGUUCGUAAACAUUUGGAGCGUAAUCGUAAAGACAAAGACUCCAAAUUUCGCUUAAUUUUAAUUGAAUCUAGAAUUCAUCGUCUCUCCAGAUAUUACAAGACUUCAGGUCAAUUGGCUCCAAAUUGGAAAUAG